AGAAAGACAGAGAGUGAGAAGGGGAAAAAAACCAAGGCCUUCGGCUGUGAGAGAAGCGAGGGCAAAUCAGGCGAGGCGACGGCGAUGGCGAUGGCGGCGCUGCGACGCGAGGGGAGGCGCCUCCUCCUCUCCCCCACCGUCCCCAAUCCCGCCCCGGCGGCCGCGGCCGCGCGGUCCUCUGCCAUAUCUCCACCGGAGAUGACUCUGCUUGGUGUGCGGUCUAUUUCAACACAAGUUGUUAGGAACCGGAUGAAGAGUGUCAAGAACAUUCAGAAGAUCACAAAGGCUAUGAAGAUGGUUGCAGCAUCAAAGCUUCGAGCUGUUCAGACGAGGACUGAAAAUUCACGUGGCCUGUGGCAGCCGUUUACUGCCCUUCUUGGGGAUGCUCCAAGCGUCGACGUCAAGAAGAAUGUCAUCGUGGCCAUUACCUCUGACAAGGGACUCUGUGGUGGUAUUAAUUCAACAUCAGUGAAAGUUAGCAGGGCUCUUCACAAAUUGACAUCUGGUCCAGAGAAAGAGAGUAAGUAUGUCAUAUUAGGAGAAAAGGGCAAAGUUCAGCUGGUGCGUGACUCAAGGAAGAGCAUUGAAAUGACUGUAACUGAACUUCAGAAGAACCCUAUCAACUAUACACAGAUUGCUGUUCUCGCGGAUGACAUAUUGAAAAACGUGGAAUAUGAUGCUUUGAGGGUUAUUUUCAACAAGUUCCAUUCUGUGAUAUCAUUUAAGCCCACAAUGGUAACAAUACUGUCCCCUGAGGUCGCAGAAAAAGAAUCAGAAGCUGGUGGGAAGAUUGGUGACCUGGAUUCUUAUGAAAUUGAAGGUGGCGAGACAAAAUCAGAGAUAUUGCAGAAUCUCGCUGAGUUCCAGUUUUCUUGUGUCCUGUACAAUGGUGCCCUAGAGAAUGCAUGCAGUGAGCUUGGAGCCCGCAUGUCUGCCAUGGACAGCUCUAGCAGAAAUGCUGGCGAUAUGCUGGAUCGUCUCACUCUCACUUACAACAGGACACGCCAAGCAUCCAUCACUACAGAGCUCAUUGAGAUUAUAUCUGGUGCAUCCGCCCUUGAAGGAUAGUGAUCAAACUACUAUAUGGACAAUUUCCUUCUUCCUUUUGCUACUUCCAAGAAUGUUCUUCUUGAGUCUUUAGUUUUAAUCCUUUUUGUUUCACCCUUCCUUGAGAAAAGAACUGUCAUGCUAAGUUGCAAUAAUUAGCCUGAUGACGAUGAUGGCGAUUUGCGCCCGUGGCACAUGCAAAGAAUGUUCAACAGCUAAGGAGGUAUGGCUGGUUUGCAUAAAUUGUGACGAUCAAUAUAUGGAUUGCUGCACAUGAUUAGCAAGUUUGUGUUGUAUUU